GAAAACCUCAAACCAACACCAAAAUGGCAACGGGAGGAGGAUCACAUUUGCAGGGGCACCGGGCGCCGAGGCUGUUCGGCAGGGAAAGGCCGGUCCAUGCCGCCCUGGGUGGACGCGAAGCUGCGGACAUCAUCCUGUGGAGGAGGCCGAAGGCGUCGGCGUCGAUCCUCGGCGCGGCGACGGCGGCGUGGGCGCUGUUCGAGGUGGCGGAGUACCACUUCCUGACGCUGGCGUGCUACGCCGCCAUGAUCGCCAUGCUCACCUUCUUCAUCUGGACCAACGCCUCCGCUUUCCUGAACCUGCCGGUUCCACGGAUCCCCGAGACGAUCCUGUCGGAGAGGACGGCGAAGCAGGUGAUCCUGGGCCUGCACCGGCGGCUCACCUGGUUCGCGCACCGGCUGUACGCCAUCGCGUGCGGGGAGGACAUCAAGAAGUUCAUCAUGACGGUGGUGUCUAUCUACAUCGCGUCGGUCGUCGCGACCUGCUUCAGCUCGCUCACCCUGCUCUACCUCGUUGUGCUGUGCACGAUGACGGUGCCGGCGCUGUACGAGCGGUACGAGCACGAGGUGGAGCACCUGGUGGCCACGGGGGCGCGCGACGUCCGUACCCACUUGGCCAAGAUGGACUCCGGCGUGCUCCGGAAGAUCCCCAGGGGCAAAGGCGCCACCACCGCCGCGCACGGGCACGGCGCGACGGCGAACAACGUGCACGGGUGGCAUCGCUCACACGUCAACUAAGCCCAGCCAAACAACACGCCGCCGAUUAACCUGUACAGUAAAGAACAGUACAGUACAGCGAGUGCGAGCUGCUGGCAUGUGUAAAUAUAUACAAGUUCAGAAUAAGACCUGAAGGAACCCAGGUAGCUACUACAUGAUCAUCAAUCAGUAACACGGUACAGAGAUCGAGCCGCAGACAGAUGUGCACUUAUUAGGUUCAGAAUGAGCACUGAAGGAACCAAACCAACAUAUGUUUAUCAAUCUGUACAGUGCAUUCCAGAGAGCGAGCCUGCAGACAGAUGCUGAUAUAGGUUCAGAAUAAGGCGUGAAUGUAAAGUGUUACCACGGCGAUCUUGUAAAUCUCUCUAUCAACGCAUGCGUGCGCUUUA